UCUAAGCAGGCUCAUCAGUUCGUGCGUCCUACUUUAUUGCACACAAUACUUCUUCUUCUUCUCGAUCUCGCGCUAAGUGUUAUUAUCACAGCUGAAAAUGAAGAUUGCAAGGAGAGAAGCCUUCGUCUUCUUGGCUGUCAUGCUCGUCAUCGUUGAUGUCGAUGCCCGGUCUAAUGGCGCUCCCGUUGGUUCCAAUCCUGAAAUAUGUGAUACCAUGAUACCCGGUCAUGGUAUAUCAGCUCAGGUUACAAAGAGCCCCUUUUCCAUCGUUCCCGCCAAGAUGAAGUACAUGCCCGGCAAAAAGUUCUCUGUCACAAUUAACGCUACCCAAUCACAACAAUUCAAGGGAAUCUUCAUGCAGAUGCGACGCAAUGACACUGACGCUAUCGUGGGGACGUGGUCCGUGAUGGACGCGGAUAAGUUCAAGACUGUGUCGUGCGCAGGAGUGGAAGACAAUGCCGUGACACAUGUAGACAAAACUAUGAAAGGCACUGUCAACAAAUUCAUGUGGACACCUCCGAAAGAUUUUGAUGACGCCGUUUACGUUGCGGCCACAUUUGUGGAGAGUUACAGUAGUUAUUGGGUCAAACAAACCUCGUCAACUAUCAGUGCUGAUACUAAACUGACAAGCAGUCUCGUUCUGACUAUCGUCAUGAUAUCCAUCUCUCUCUCGACAACUUUUCUUGGACUUGAGUUUUAGACAAUGGUGUUGAUAUUCAUUUUUAUUUCUAUACGAGAAUUCUUGGCCUUAGCUUUUAGACAAUCAUAAUGUUAUUCGUUUCUUUUUAAUAAGAUGUAUAAGAAAGCCGAGUUGAUAUUGAUCACUUUCUUCAAAAGAUUUCUUGGAUUAAGAUUAUUUUAGACAAUCUUGAAUGAUGAUAUUCGCCUUUUGUUCUUUACAAGAAGUCUUGGCCCUAGGUUUUUACGCAAUGGUGAUAAUAUUCAUUUGUUGUUCUUUACAAGAAUUCUUGGCCCUAGGUUUUACACAAUAGUGUUGAUAUUUAUUUUUUUCUUUGCAAGGAUUCUUGUUCCUAGGUUUUUACACAAUGAUGAUGAUAUUCUUUUUUUUUUUCUUUACGAGAAUUCUUGGCCCAAGAUUUAACACAAUAUUAUUGUGUUCAUAUCCAUUUUGUUUCUUUACAAGAAUUCUUGAUCCUAUGAUGUUCAAGGAAAAAAGAAUGAUGGUAUUCUUUAGUCUAGAUGUGGUGAAUAUCAGUCAUCUUAACUCAAGCCAUUUCCAUCGUAGCUAAUUGUAACUAAAGUUCAUUGUUUGCUUUAUGUAAUUGUUAAUGCCAUUUUAUUUAUGCCUCAUGGAUUGGAAAAGAAGACAAUAAGUAAACUGUAUUCGUUCAAGUAGUUAAUCUUUAUUUCUUCUUCUUAAGGCAUCGACAUGACUUUCCUCAAAUUAUGUUGCGUAUUCUGUUUUAAUAAUGCUCAUUGUCUUUGCUAAAUAAAAUGACGAGGAAGAUACGGGGUCGCGAAAUGAUAUCAAUAAGGAUGAUGAUGAUCAUAAUGAAUGAUUGAUAAGAGUAAUGAUGAUAAUUUAGCAAUACAAAUGGAAUAUUAGAUAAACAAUUUGAUUAAAAUGUAGAGGCGUAUCCAGCGUUAAAAAAUUCCCUCUCCAAUCACACACUGCACAAGUUAAAGUUAUAAAAAAAAAAUAGGUGUCAAAUGAGUAAAAGGUAGAAUGAGAAGGUUAUUGUAGUUUUCUCAGCAUUGUGAGCGUCUGUAAAAUGGCGCUUAGUGUUAGCAUGUAUAAAUGGUCCCCAGUGAGUGGAGAAUGUGCAUACAUUGUGUGCGGGCAAGCCUGAAUCCGAUGAUAUGUCUAUAAAACGCUUUAAUAGAGACACCGUCGAUGCAUUGAGCGCUAUAUAAACCCAGUAUAUUAUUGUUUUUAUGACCCCACAUGGGAGAAUGCCGUGCCCUUAAAAAGCAAUUUCUUAUAUGAAGCAAUGUUAGUUAAAAUAUUUUACACAUCUUUAAUAGAUUAUACAUCUGUUAGCUCAAUAGUGAUCUAGUGACGUAUUUAUUUUUGCUAUGAGGGUGUACAUCUCCGAUGAAGUAAGCAAUUUAUCCUAAACAUUAAUUUCCAAGAUGAGAAUAAGAAUAAUCACAAAUUUAAUUUGUAAUCCUUUUCAAUUACAAAUGACUGUCAUUUCGUUUUGUAUGCAUUGAUUCUACUCGUAUAAAGAUUUGUAGAAUAUUUAACGCUCCUAAUGGUAACAUUUGCACUAGGAAUCUGAAGAAGAAAAAAAAACGGUUGAAUAGAAACAAAUUUGCGGACAAAGGAAAAUCAAAACUGAUCAAUGAUUUUAGCACAUCAGUUUUCUAUUAGCGACCUAAUUUUACGGGCAGGUCAAUGAUAAUAUUCCCAACUGAUCGUUGUUUAUUUGGAUAUCAAAUCGAUAUUGUCUGUUGAGUAAUUGGGUGUGGCCAUGCAGUGGCGUAGCCCGCAUAGGAGGAUCCCAACUCAUUAUAGAAACCGGGUGGAGGCAAGAGGGGGAAGGAAACGUGAAAACAUGGUGAUUUUACACCCUCGACCCGGGGGUCUCAGUAAAAUAUAAAUACUGUAAGCAUACGUGACCACUAAUGCGUAAACAGGGGCAUCACAUGGUAUAUGCAUAUCACGUGCAUAUUAGAAUAUUAACUGUUCAAUGUACAUUGUGCACUUUUUGUAAACACUACAUGAACUUUAUUUGAAAUAGAUCAAAUUUGAAAUGUAAUUCUUCUUUUUUUCAAAGAAAGGACGUAUGAUGGCUGCGCAUUAACCCAUUUGGAAGUGUACAGGUUGAUGUUGUUGCUUCUAUAUUGAAAUAAAAUGUUUACAUUGUGAAUUCUA